CUCUGCUUGCUCCCAUUCACUCGUUUCGACAUGACAUCUCUAUACUGCUAGAUCUAUCUACCUUUACUCUAUCACGACGUCAGACGAAACAAACACCAGACUAAUCUGCGAUAAUUAAAUGCCUCCCACCACAUCCGCGUUGAGGCGCAUACCUCGCGCCGUUUCUCACACAUCACCCAUCAGCUUACUCAAACCUACGCCGAUAUGCAGGCAACAAGUCGCUGCCCUUGCGCAAAGGCGCGCCUUUAUUAGCCCUCCUCCCCAGCGAUCCCGGACAACACCUCCUACCACACCUCUCGCCAACUCCUUCUUCUACGCCCACGGCCUGCCCAAAGGCACCACCGUCCGAUCCGUCUCCGGCGCACCGACGCCGACUCCUACCCCGAAACAAAGGUCACGGCUCCUCCGCUUCGCGUACGCCAGCGCCGCAUGGCUCGGCGGCGGCAUCAUCUUCGUUGGCCUCGGCGUGGUUGGCUUCUUCAUCUACGAUGCUUCUACUUACAAGGAACACCCGGAUCAGAAUGAAAUUGAGGUAUCCGAGCUGGCACUGAGCCCCAAGCGAGGCGGUCCAAAGAACCUACCCAUCGCCGAGGUGCUGAUUGAUGACCUGGACAACGAACACAUGAAGAGCGCAAAGGAGAAGCCCAAGCUUGUUAUUCUCGGCGGCGGAUGGGGCGGAGUGGCCCUGCUCAAAGAGCUCAACCCCGACGAAUACCACGUUACCGUUGUUUCCCCGACAAACUACUUCCUGUUCACGCCCAUGCUGCCAUCUGCCACUGUUGGAACUCUGGAACUGAGAUCACUGGUCGAACCCGUCCGCCGAAUCCUCGCCCGCGUUCACGGUCACUUUAUCCGCGCCAAGGCCGAGGACGUCGAGUUCUCCCACAAGCUGAUUGAGUGCUCUCAACCCGACGCCUUUGGUAACGAAACCCGAUUCUACGUCCCCUACGAUAAGCUGGUCAUCGCCGUUGGAUCUACCACGAACCCCCACGGCGUCAAGGGACUGGAGAACGCCCACUUCCUCAAGGAUAUCAGCGAUGCGCGCAAGGUUAGAAACCAAGUCAUGCACAACCUCGAGCAAGCCUGCCUGCCGACGACCGCCGACGAGGAGCGCAAGCGCCUUUUGUCCUUUGUCGUUAGCGGUGGCGGUCCCACGGGUGUCGAGUUCGCGGCCGAGCUGUUUGACAUGCUCAACGAAGACCUGACGCUUCACUUCCCCAAGCUCCUCCGCAACGAGAUCUCCGUCCACCUGAUUCAGAGCCGCAGCCACAUCCUCAACACCUACGACGAGACCCUCUCCAAGUACGCGGAGGAGCACUUCGCCCGCGACCAGGUUGACAUUCUCACAAAUUCCCGCGUCAAGGAGGUCCACCCGGACAAGAUCACCUUCACCCAAAAGCAGCCCGACGGAUCCCUCCUCACCAAGGAACUUCCCAUGGGUUUCUGCCUCUGGUCAACGGGCGUCGCCCAAGCCGACCUCUGCAAGCGUCUCUCCUCCAAGCUCGGCCCCUCGCAGACGAACCGCCACGCACUCGAAACGGACACCCACCUCCGCCUAAAUGGAACACCCCUCGGCGACGUCUACGCCAUCGGCGACUGCUCGACAGUCCAAAACAACGUGGCCGACCACAUCAUCACCUUCUGCCGCGGCCUGGCCUUCAAGCACGGCAAGGACCCCGAGACCCUCGAGCUCCACUUCAGCGACUGGUGCGAGGUCGCCAACGACGUGAAGCGCCGCUUCCCCCAGGCCGUCGGCCACCUCAAGCGUCUCGACAAACUCUUUGAGCAGUUCGACAAAGACCAGUCCGGCACCCUCGGCUUCGGCGAGCUCAGGGAGCUCCUCAAGCAGAUCGACUCCAAGCUCACAUCCCUCCCCGCCACGGCGCAGCGCGCCCACCAACAGGGCCAGUACCUCGCGCACAAGUUCAACAAGAUGGCGCGCACGUCGGACGGGCUGAAGGCCAACAUGGUGCUCGACGGCGAUAUCGACUCGGUGGUGUACAAGGCGUUUGAGUACCGCCACCUCGGCAGCCUCGCGUACAUUGGCAACUCGGCCGUCUUUGACUGGGGCCAGGGGUGGAAUUUCGCGGGUGGUUUGUGGGCUGUGUAUAUGUGGCGGUCCGUCUACUUUGCGCAGAGCGUCAGCUUGAGGACGCGGAUUCUGCUUGCCAUGGAUUGGGCCAAGCGCGGUCUCUUUGGAAGAGAUUUGAUGAGCUACUAGAAAGCAAUGACGCGGUUUCGUUGCAAAGAAUGAUUGAUUUCUUUUCCCUUUUGUUAGCAUACCCUGCCGGAGUACGAGGUACUGAAAUGCAUAUCUUGCGAGAGAUGGAUGCAUAGGUAUAGAAGUUACAGAACACAGACAGAAAAAAAGGCACAAAGCAGAGAUACGUAGAGCGGGUCUCUAGAUAAUUUCACAUUGUUCAAACAAAUUACACGUGUUUUCGACCGCGUGAUGCUUUUCAUGUCAUCUUGGUCUUCGGAGACGGAUUUGUACCCAGCUAUCGCAACAUGAGUCUCGUAAUAGCCCAUGUAUACCUUACAGAAAGAUCUUUCAUCGGCGAUUAUGUUGGACAUACAAACCCCCAGUCCUACACAAA